CUCACUUUCGUUUUCAUUAUAUCACUUAAAAAGAAAUAUAACAAAGUGUAUAAAUACUAUUUAUUUUGUUGCAUCUCCUCAAUUCGAGUUUUCUAGGGUUUCAUCUUGAGCUCUUGUUUCUCAAUUCACCUGCGAUUCGUGAUUUUGCACUGUUAAGGUUAUAUUGGGGAUUAUUGUUGAAUUGUUUAUGUUGGUUGAUUGGAGGGUUUGAGUGUUUAGAAAGAGUGAUUAAUGAGGAAGAAGAGAAAGGGGAGUGAAUUGCUGUGGCCCGAAAGAGUGGAAAGAGAUGGUAGUGAUUCGGGGAGUGUGAGGGGUAAUUUGAGGCGGAAUUAUUCGUUGGAGGAUUAUGAUAGGUUGAAGAAGAGGUUUAAGGAGAAUGUGGAGAAUGUCGAGACAGUUGAGUCGUCUAGGGUUAGGUUUGUUGGGAGGAUUGCUGCUACAGCUCCAGCUUGUGCAACGUCGUUGUCGUCGGGGAGGGGGAUUAAGAGGAAGAUAGGGUGUAUUGAUGUGGCGACGCAGAUGGGGAGGAAGGAUAAGAUUGAGGAGGAUUAUAUUAGGGGAGCGACGAUUGGGAAGGGGAAGUUUGGGUCGGUUUGGUUGUGUAGGAGUAGGGUUACGGAGGAGGAUUUUGCAUGUAAGACGUUGGUAAAAGGGGAGGAGACAGUGCAUAGGGAGGUGGAGAUAAUGCAGCAUUUGUCAGGGCAUUCAGGGGUGGUUACGUUGAAGGCAGUGUAUGAGGAUGCAGAAAGCUUUCAUCUUGUGAUGGAGUUGUGUUCGGGGGGAAGGUUGAUUGAUCAGAUGAGAAAGCAGGGGAGGUAUUCGGAACAUCAGGCGGCUAAUAUUAUUAAGGAUUUGAUGGUGGUUUUGAAAUAUUGUCACGAGAUGGGAGUUGUUCAUAGGGAUAUAAAGCCUGAAAAUAUUCUACUGACGAAUUCUGGGAAGAUGAAGCUUGCAGAUUUUGGUCUAGCCAUGAGGAUUACAAAUGACCAAAGUUUAAACGGAUUGGCGGGAAGCCCGGCUUAUGUUGCCCCAGAGGUGUUAUUAGGGAAUUACUCUGAAAAAGUGGAUAUCUGGAGUGCUGGAGUCCUUUUGUAUGCUUUGCUGGCUGGAGUUCUUCCAUUUAAAGGAGAUUCGCUAGAAGAUGUAUUUGAGGCAAUCAAGACUGCAAAUCUUGAUUUUCAAGCAGGGAUAUGGGAACACGUAUCGAAACCUGCACGAGAUUUGCUUGAGCGGAUACUUACAAGGGAUGCUGCUUCAAGAAUUACAGCUGAUGAAGUUUUAACACAUCCUUGGAUUUUGUUUUACACCGAGCGCAACUUGAGGACGUUAUCUAUCAAGUCAAAAAUGAAGAAUCAACCAGGAUCUCACCAGCUACCAGUAACUAAAGUUUUUCCAGAUUCAAAUAGAAAGAUAGGAGACAACAAUUUUGGGGAUAAUUCAAGUUCAGAUUCAUCUUCUGGUAGCUCAAGCCAGGAAAGAGCAGAGCAGGAUGAUUGUGGUUUCGUUGAUGCACUUGCUGUUGCAAUCUCACACGUGACUAUCUCUGAACCAAAGAGGAGCAGGUUGUGUGGUCCCACCAGCCCAAUACGGGAGCAGUGUUCAUCUAACGUGACUUCUAACAAUCUUUGCAAAGCAUUCUGAUUCUUAUACGCCGACUGACGCACCACACAAUCAUUAUCUCCGGUUUUUGAAAGGGGAUCAGUACUCACCUUCCCAACCAUUCAUGUCCGAAAAUAAGUAGCUUUGUGUCUACAUAUCAACAUACCAAUGCCGAAUAGUGGAUCCCAGUUGCAGCAGGUCUUUGAAGUAGAAUUUGAUGUCUUACAGUGAUUAGAUAUAUGAGGAUUAAUGAUAAUGUACAGAAGUCAAGGAUAGAUUUAUAUUUUCAACUCCAAUCUUACCUUUAGGCAGGCUAAAAGUGUGCCGACACUAAUAUGUUGAUUGGUUCUGCUUACAAUAAAUGUCAUGUUCGGAGACCUAGAAGUAAUGAACUUGGCUUGGUAAAACAAAUAGCUUUGUGGGAUGCUUUGAGGGCUUGGUGCAAGUUUCAUUUUUCUCCGUACCAGAAGGUUAUGUCUUUGAACAUUUUCCUCCCCGCUCCCUGAUACUUGAAACCAGUGCAUUUGAAAAGCUUUAUGUGAAACAAAUAAUUUCAAUUAUGUUAUGCUCCAUAUAAGUCGAAAUACUUGCAAUUCAAAAUUGUGACAAGUAGCUUGUUUGUACCAGGAGAUGCAUGUAGUUUUAUUCUCACUUCUAUUUAAGUGAGUUGGAUGUUA